UGUGUAAAGUUAUGAUUCGGAUAAAUAGAUAUAAAUUGAAUUCAUUUUCAUUUUUUUUUAAAAACAGUUUAAUUGAAUGAAAUAUUUAUAAGAAAGUGUUUAUCAAAUUAAUAAAUUACGUCGUAAACAGCCAUUUCUCGUUGUUGAAAUGUGUGCGGGAAUGUCUCUACGACUUCUCAUCCUCAAGGGAAGAUAUCCCAAGAGGGAAAAAAAGGAAAAGGAAAGCAGGGCUUAUGAAGUAGAAAUCAAAAAAAGGUUGAGGUCAUUUUAUUCUAAAUGUACUAAAGAAUUUCCGUGACGGGUAGAAUUCAAAGAAACAGAAAAUGUGUUUGAAAAUAAAAGCAUCAAAUUGAAUGACGAGAUUAAAGAUUUCUUUGAGACAAUUAAAUACGUUUUAGUUCAAACUUAACGUUUGUAAUUUAAAUUAAGUAUUUAGAUAUAUAUGGAGAAUCUAUCAGGGUUUUUUUUUUCUGGAAAGUUGGUCAGGGCUAGUGGAUGUAAGGUCAGGUCUAGUAAAAAUCAUUUGAAGUAGCCCGACUGGUCUAGUGCUCAAAAAAGUAAAUGUCAAACCCUGGUGUGUAAAGUUAUGUUUUAGAUGAAUUUAUUUUCAUUUUUUUAAAAGCCCAGUUGAUUUGAAUCAAAUAUAAGAAAGUGUUUAUCAAAUUAAUCGUAAACAGCCAUUUAUCGGCGUUGACAUAUGUGCGGGAAUGUCUGUAUAUUCAAAUACGACUUCUCGUCCUCAAGGAAAGAUGUCCCAAGAGAAAAAAAGUAAAAGGUUGGAAAGAAAUCAAGCAAGACUUAUGAAAUAGAGAUUUAAAAAAAACGGUUGAGGCCAUUUUAUUUUAAAUUGACUAGAGCAUUUCCAUGUCGGGUAGAAUUUAAAGAAACAGAAAAUGUGUUUGAAAAUGAAAGCGUUAAAUUGAAUGACGAGACUAAAGCUCUAUUGUGAGACAAUUAAGUACGUUUUAGUUCAUGCAAACUUAAUGUUUGUCAUUUGAAUUAAGUACAUUUUAAUAUGGAGAAACUAUCAGUUUCUGGAAAGUUGGUCGGGGCAAGUGGAUGCACGGUCAGGUCUAGAAAAAAUCAUUUGAAGUAGCCCGACUGGUCUAGUGCUAAAAAAAGUAAAUGUCAAACCCUGAUUAAAAGUUCUUGAAUUUACUACUGGUGCGAUAAUACUCUUGCUCUCUUGCAAGUGUUGGCACUUGUUAAAGGUAAGUGACAAAACACUAACGCUACACGAUGGGACGAUGUUUGAUGUGGACGCCAUUGUUGAAUCUAAAUCUAAUACCGGAGCCAAUGACGGAAGUUAAGAAAAUUCCGGAAAAAAUUGAACCAUUAUCGGAAAAUCGGAAAAAAAAGUUUAGGGUCGGGGGUAUAAACUAGGGACAGUCGGGUAACCGGAACCACACAUAUUUUUUUAUUUGGCCUUACACUAAUUAAUUCAUGUUUUUUUCCCCCACAGAUUAGAAUACAAUGGCAAGCUCUGUGUAUUCAUCGACACCAGAAACGACGAACACUAACAGAGCUUGCCGUGCUGUACUAGGGCCCUGUACAGAUGGACUACGAGACAUACUGCGUCACUACGUCCCACCACACACAUUUCCUAAUGUCAUCAAACAAAACAAACUCAAUCUUCCUCGUCUGACGGCUGUUCAGCGUGACCUCAUUUUACCUAAGCAUGGAGGUUAUUCCGGAAUAUAUGAUGAUAUGGACAUAUCAUUUUUGUAUAUCUUAUUGAGAAACAUAACCAACAUAUCUCCUCACUCCAAGGGCUGGGGCAAAGAUCCCAACCCCCAUGACACCAGUCUCUCUGCCAACAUCGAGAGGAUUCGAUUGGUCCGGAAUCGUUGUGUUCACUCAUGUGUUCCAUCCAUGUCCAACACAGACUUUAACUCCAUCUGGUCCACCAUUAGAUCGACAAUGGUAGAUCUGGAUGCCUUCCUUGUGAAUGGAAAUAAAUAUGAAAAGGCGGUGGAUUCCCUACGUCACGAGUCGAUGGACCCUGAAAAUGACCUACGUUACGAAGAAGAACUGAGGAAGCAGGUGGAGGAAGAUAAGACGACCAGGGAAAUGGUGGACAACCUUGAGAAUAAAAUGGCGAAAAUGACAAAGUCUCCCAUUCUUCCAAAUGUGAGAGAGCAAUACAAUAUUGACAUUCAGAAAUGGAGAGAGGAAGACAAGCUUUACUAUGAAACCCACAACUUUCCGUCAGUGAUGGAGAAAGUCAGGAACCAAAGUUACGUAACGUUUGUUGGUGUGCCUGGGUCCGGGAAGUCUGCCACGGCUCAUCACAUCGCCCUCAAGCUCCAGGAUGAAGGGUACGAGGUUGUACCAACCAAAGACGUCAGGAAAAUGGAGGACUAUGGUGAGCCCAGGAAUCCGCAGGUUUUUGUUGUUGAUGAUGUGGUGGGUGUCUUUGGCCUCCAGAAAACUAAUUUAAAUGUGUUGACUAAUUAUGAACAGAAAAUAACACAGCCUUGCAUGGUUAAGUCUAGAACUUUGAUGACUUGUAGAGAAGCUGUGUUCAAUGAAACACUAACUUACAAACCAUUCUUUACCAAAGAAGAAACUGUGAUUAAGUUACACAGUUCUGAUCAUGCAUUAGACGAUCAUGACAUAAAACAGAUUCUCCAGAAGUAUGGUUUGAAUGUUAGUCUAAUAUCACCUGCAUUGCUGACAUCAACAUCUCGCAUGUUUCCCCUUCUCUGUAAAUUGUUCUCAAAGGAACCAAAAUUUCAAGAUCUUGGUUCAAAGUUUUUCCUGAAUCCAGUCCAAUGUAUCAUUGAUGAACUUAAAGAUAUGCAAAGACAUAACAAACUGAAUUAUGCAACACUUGUUUUGUGUAUGCUAAAUGAAAAUAGUCUCUCAAAAGACAUUUUUAGUGAUAGAAAAAAUAAAUAUUUCAUGAAUAUGAAAAGCGACACUCUGGAAAAUUGUGAAUUAGAAAGUCAGACCGAUGCAUUCAAGUUUGUGAAAGCCUUGUCAGCAAUGGAGGGGACAUACACAAAACAAUGUGGUGUACAAUACACAUUUAUACAUGACUCCAUGUUUGAAAUAUGUGCUUAUCAGUACGGCAAACAGUUUCCUGUCCAAAUGUUGCUGUAUAUGAGUAGUAGUUAUAUUGCUAAUUAUGUCAAACCACAGACAAGUGAACCAGGUAUUGUUAACAAAACGAUAGUGAAAAUGAAUGAUUCUCAGUCUAGAAAGGGGCCUAAUUGUAGCAAUGAUAAUGAUGUAAAAAAGAAGGAGAGUGAUGAUAAAAACAAUGAGAGAGAGGAAUCGUCUGAUCUGUGUAUAAGGUUAAGUGAGGAUCAGUACCCACUGUUAGCAGAGAGAUUGUACAGAGACAUACAGAACAUGGAGCUGUAUGAUGUUUUCAGGAAUCAGGUUUUAAAACAUCCCCAGGUGUGUCAGGCUUUUAUUGGUGUGUUAAAGACAAAGUCAUACACAGAAUUAAAAUCUGUAUUUCUGACCAGUCACGGACAGGUAGAUAAGAUAGUGAGUAAACAAGAACGUGUGGAGGAGGAGAGGUGGGAGUGGAGGAGACAGGAUGUGCUGAUGGAUAAGAGAAAUAAACGAGGUGAUAAGGGAGAAAUAUUAUGCUUUGAACACACGUACAAUGUGAGAGUGGUCAGCUGGGUGAUUUACUAUGGACAUCAUCAGAUAAUAGAGUACAUAGUACAACAGACAGAACAACACAAUGAAAUAUAUGAAUUAUUUGGGAUAACAGGAAAUUCUCCACAUCAAUCUAAAUCCAGGGUAGAUACAUGUAAUAAACAGGAAAGUGAAAUCAAUAAGCUUGUAGAAGAGUUUAGAUUACUUCUGCUGAGUUGUUACAGUGGUGAUGUACAGACAGUCAGACUUCUGCUUCCCUUCUGUAACAAAGCAAUCAAUGAGAUAGGUCAGAUCAGUGUAGAUAUUUAUUGGUGUAAAUAUUCACCUCUUGCUAUUGUAUGUGGAGAAGGACAUGUAAGUAUAGUGGAGGAGCUGGUGAAGGCUGGGGCUGAUGUCAAUUUACAGAAUAAGUACAGCAAUACACCACUGAUAGCUGCAUGUGAGGGAGGACAUGUGAGUAUAGUGGAGGAACUGGUAAAGGCAGGGGCUGAUGUCAGUCUACAGGAUAAUAUCGGGAAUACACCACUGAUAGCUGCAUGUGAGGGAGAAAAUGUAAGUAUGGUGGAGGAGCUGGUGAAGGCGGGGGCUGAUGUCAGUCUACAGGAUAGAUGGGGGAAUACACCACUGAUAGUUGCAUGUAAGCGAGGACAUGUGAGUAUAGUGAAGGAGCUGGUGAAGGCGGGGGCUGAUGUCAAUCUACAGACUAUAUGGGGGAUUACACCACUGAUAGCUGCAUGUGAGGGAGGACAUGUGAGUAUAGUGGAGGAGCUGGUGAAGGCGGGGGCUGAUGUCAGUCUACAGGAUAUAGAGGGGAAUACACCACUGAUAGUUGCAUGUAAGGGAGGACAUGUGAGUAUAGUGGAGGAGCUGGUGAAGGCGGGGGAUGAUAUCAAUAUACAGGUUAGAGCAGGGAAUAAACCACUGAUAGCUGAAUGUAAGAGAGGACAUGUGAGUAUAGUGGAGGAACUGGUGAAGGCGGGGGCUGAUGUCAGUCUACAGGAUAUAGAGGGGAAUACACCACUGAUAACAGCAUGUAAGGUAGGACAUGCAAGUGUGGUGGAGGAGCUGGUGAAGGCGGGGGCUGAUGUCAAUCUACAUGAUAGAUGGGAGGAUACACCACUGAUAACCGCAUGUAAGGGAGGACAUGUGAGUAUAGUGGAGGAGCUGGUGAAGGUGGGGGCUGAUGUCAAUCUACAGGAUACAGAGGGGAAUACACCACUGAUAGUUGCAUGUAAGCGAGGACAUGUGAGUAUAGUGGAGGAGCUGGUGAAGGCGGGGGCUGAUGUCAAUAUACAGGAUAGAUGGGGGAAUACACCACUGAUAGAUGCAUAUGAGGGAGGACAUGUGAGUAUAGUGGAGAAGCUGGUGAAGACGGGGGCUGAUGUCAAUCUACAGGGUAGAUGGGGGAAUACAUCACUGAUAGCUGCAUGUAAGGUAGGACAUGCAAGUAUAGUGAAGAAGCUGGUGAAGGCGGGGGCUGAUGUCAAUCUACAGGGUAGAUGGGGGAAUACAUCACUGAUAGCUGCAUGUAAGGGAGGACAUGUAAGUAUAGUUGAGAAGCUGGUGAAGGCGGGGGCUGAUGUCAGACUACAAGAUAAUAUAAGGGAUACACCACUGAUAGCUGCAUGUAAGGGAGGACAUGUGAGUAUUGUGGAGGAGCUGGUGAAGAAAGGGGCUGGUGUCAAUGUACAGGAUAUUAAGGGGAAUACAGCACUGAUAUCUGCAUGUAAGGGAGGACAUGUGAGUAUAGUGGAGGAGCUGAUGAAGGUGGGGUCUGAUGUCAAUCUACAGGAUGAUAUGGGGUAUACACCACUGAUAGCUGCAGUAAGAGAGUGUCCUUUAUCAACAGUGAAAUGUCUAGUAGAACAUGGAUCUGACUUUGAUACUCAGGUUGUUGAUAUUGAUGUGUCAGCAGUAUAUAUAGCAUUAAUACUGAACAAACCAGAUAUAGUGAAAUAUCUCAUACAGGAACAAAAUAAAAUCAAUCCAGGUCAGUUUAAUGGAAAUGUACACCUAUUUAACUGUCUGGUGGACAUCAGACAUGCUGGAGUUAAAACAGACAGUAGGGAUGAUGUGGUGGUGACAGACAGAUCAGUGUGGUGUAUGGAUAGAGGGAGAGAGAUGCAGGGGGCAAUCUAUUGGGGAGACUGUGAUGUACUGAGACGUCUGUUGUGUGUGGGUCUGGAUGUCAAUCAGUCGAUACAGUUGUAUGAUGAGGACAAUAAGACUGAUGUGAGACCUCUGUUGUAUACACUGAUUGAUGAAGAGAGGUAUUAUAGUCAUUUACUGGAGGAGGUGAGGAUCCUACUGGGGGCGGGGGCGGAGGUCAAUAUCAGGGUGAGGUAUAGAGAGUAUGACUCUGUGUUAGACUGGGAGGGUGUGUCUGUUCUGGAGAGGACGUGGCGACUGCUGUGUAAGUACAGUAAUAGUAGAAGUAUGUUUAAGUACAGUGAAGAUUGUCUAAACAGUGACAGAGUGCCAGAGUACAAGAGAGUGAUGUGUGAGAUAAAGAAACAUGUCAGAAGACACUCUGUAUAGUCUCUGAUAGAAUUGUAGAGAGAUGUUGUUACUGAGUACAAGAGAGUGAUGUGUGAGAUAAAGAAACAUGUCAGAAGACACUCUGUAUAGUCUCUGAUAGAAUUGUAGAGAGAUGUUAUUACUGAGUACAAGAGAUAAAGAAACAUGUCAGAAGACACUCUGUAUAGUCUCUGAUAGAAUUGUAGAGAGAUGUUGUUACUGAGUACAAGAGAGUGAUGUGUGAGAUAAAGAAACAUGUCAGAAGACACUCUGUAUAGUCCCUGAUAGAAUUGUAGAGAGAUGUUGUUACUGAGUACAAGAGAGAGAUGUGUGAGAUAAAGAAACAUGUCAGAAGACACUCUGUAUAGUCCCUGAUAGAACUGUAGAGAGAUGAUGUUACUGAGUACAAGAGAUAGCGAAACAUGUCAGAAGACACUCUGUAUAGUCCCUGAUAGAAUUGUAGAGAGAUGUUGUUACUGAGUACAAGAGAGUGAUGUGUGAGAUAAAGAAACAUGUCAGAAGACACUCUGUAUAAUCCCUGAUAGAAUUGUAGAGAGAUGAUGUUACUGAGUACAAGAGAUAGCGAAACAUGUCAGAAGACACUCUGUAUAGUCCCUGAUAGAAUUGUAGAGAGAUGUUGUUACUGAGUACAAGAGAGAGAUGUGUGAGAUAAUGAAACAUGUCAGAAGACACUCUGUAUAGUCCCUGAUAGAACUGUAGAGAGAUGUUGUUACUGAGUACAAGAGAUAAAGAAACAUGUCAGAAGACACUCUGUAUAGUCCCUGAUAGAAUUGUAGAGAGAUGUUGUUACUGAGUACAAGAGAGAGAUGUGUGAGAUAAAGAAACAUGUCAGAAGACACUCUGUAUAGUCUCUGAUAGAAUUGUAGAGAGAUGUUAUUACUGAGUACAAGAGAUAAAGAAACAUGUCAGAAGACACUCUGUAUAGUCCCUGAUAGAAUUGUAGAGAGAUGUUGUUACUGAGUACAAGA